GUGCUGCAUUCAGUGUGGAAGGAGGCCAGUCCAAAGGCCAGCGCAGCUCAGCAGUACUGAGGAGCCCUCUCUUCCCCCCUCCUCUCAGAAACUCUCGAUGCACGAUGAGAUUCUGGCUGUGUUCUGGGGGCUCACAGAGGGGGUCGCUGUCGCUGUGGAUCGCUGAAAACAGUACAGGCCCUGAAGAGCAGCGCAGACUGUGGCGUUCAGCCAGCGAGCCCAAAUCUGAGAAGGGCUGGAAACUCAUCAUACUGCCCCUUUACGGGCUGGCAGACUGGUUUUGGCUGCAAUUCAGCACAGAAGAUGGACCUGGAUCGGGUUCAGCCGUGUCUAUUGACAACAUCUCUUUCAGUAUGGACUGCUUCCUGGCAUCCAACGGUGAGUUCCCACCAACCAGCUCCACCAUGCUGCCUUUCCUACGGACCAACAAGACUACCCCCCCGUCCAUUCGAAGCCCUUUGAGCUUCCCCACCACAGAUUAUCCAGACAAGAAAUGGAUUUUUCAUACCUGUGGCGGCGUGGGCCCUGAAGGCCCAACUCCCUCUCAGUGCCUCAACUCCUAUAGGUACAGCAACGUCAAUGUGACAGUCGGCACCCGUGGGCCCUUCAAAGGCAUCCAAAUGUGGCUUGUUCAGGAAACUGGCACCUACAGGAUUACAGCCUACGGUGCGGCUGGCGGUCGCAGCGUGUUGGCCAUGAGCAGGUCACAUGGUGUCUACAUCACAGGAGACUUCCUGCUGCGGAGGGGCGAGCUGCUUCACAUCCUGGUGGGACAGAAAGGAGAGGACGCAUGCCCCAAUGAAAUUUAG